AUGAUUCGUAUUACUGGCCCAAGUGCCGCUGCUAACACCACCCCCGCCCCUCGUGCCGCUGGUGCGCCUUUUGAUGCUGAUGACGCAGAAAUCAUUCUACGCACAUCCGACGGCGUUGACUUUCGAGUCCACAAGUCCAUCCUUUCCGUAGCUUCUUCCGUGUUCAGAGACAUGCUAUCUAUUCCCCAACCGUCGUCUCCCUCCGACGAUUCGCACUUGGUGCCCCUAACCGAGAGCAGCAAAACCCUGAACACUCUUCUCCUCUUCUGCUAUCCCGUACCCGAUCCAGAGAUAGAAACGCUCUCGGAUAUGCGUCUUGUGCUGGAAGCAGCCAGGAAAUACGAUCUCUCGUUCAUCUUCCAGUCGGCAUUCAAACAGCUCUCAGCUCGCUUUUUAGAUGAGAACCCGCUGGGCGUCUACUGUAUUGCCUGUCACUACGGUUGGAAGUCGGAGGCAGUCAAAGCGGCGAGACGUACCCUCGAUCUCGGCUCUCUUGCACAGUCCAACUCUGCCCACGCUGAAGAACUAUCAAUGAUCACCGGGUUGCAAUAUCACAGCCUAGUCCUUUACCAUACAGCUUGUGGCCUGGUUCCCAAAGAAAUCGCCCGUCAAACGUAUUGGCUACCAUUCUUUCGAGAAUUCACUCCGCGAUGUAAGACUUGCGGAGAGAGGAGAUCGGUUCCAGGUUACGAUUACUUUCUUCCACUUUGGCUUACCGAAGCGCUCGACAACAUCAGCGCCGAAUUCGAGAAGGUUCCAUCCAUCAAAGCUAUUAAUAAGGACGAUCAUCUCGCGACGGCUUUACGAACCGUCGAUAAGUGUAAAACAUGUGGUGGCCGCACAGCAGACGAAACUAUAUGGACAACGAUCAACGCGUUUAUUGACAAGAUAAAUAAAGCAGUGGACGAGGUUGAACUCAACUUCAACUAGAUCGUCUCUGAGGCCGAGGACUCGGAAUCAGGAGGCUGGAAAGUAGACUCCAUCAGAGCACUCAAUUGCAUUAGGGUUUUGAUGUCUUGCAACUGGGGGCACUCAACGU